AUGACCGGGGAUAGCGCGCGUCAAGCGGAGGACCUCCGAGUAAAUGCCGCCCCACAGCAGGCUAAGGAGAAACGCAUGCCGGCGGAGCUUCGCAAGAAUGGGGAAGGGCAGUCUGGAGCUAAAGUGCGAAACCAGAGAAGACCGAAUGUUAUUGCUAAUGAGAAGCAGGUCACGAACCAGCCAGGGGCAAAGCAGCCAACGACGGCGGCAGUGGAAUCAAGGCAGGAAUCACGUGGUGCGUUACGAGUUGGGGCGAGGCGAGCAGCCGAGGAGGAUGAGCAUGUAGUGGUGAGAGGGGAACAGGGUGGCGCGAUUAUCCAGACCGAACGUAUCUAUUCCGAGCAGAUGAUUAGCGCAAGCCCCAUGCAAGCGCUGGAAGAUGUGGGGGAGCACCACAAUGACAAGCCUUACCACCUAGAUGACGACGGGGAUGAAAUGAUGGCGGAUGAAGGCGAUCCGGGAGGACCUAAGGGCACCGGCAGGAGGGAUUUCCACCGCGUCCUCAAACUUCUGCUCAAGUCUCACCGGCCUAGUCUGCUAGGACUGGUUGAACCGAGAGUCUCUGGGGAUCAAGCGAAUUCCUUUUGCUCUAAGCUUGGAUAUGAAGAUUGGGUUCGGGUUGAAGCUAUGGGCUUUAGUGGGGGAAUUUGGGUGUUCUGGAAUAAACCGCUCGAGGUUAAGGUUGAAUUUACUCACCCCCAAUUUAUUUUGUUGCAGGUUACGGAGACCGGAGAGGCACCGUGGUUUUUAGCAGUUGUGUAUGGCAGCCCGACUCACCACCUACGGCGACGGCUCUGGAGUGCGUUACGGGCUCACAAGCGGGGCAUCAGUGGACCUUGGCUUGCGGUAGGGGACUUCAAUGCUGUCACAAGCGAGGGAGAAACUUGCAACUACUCUGCGUACUCCUCUCAGCGAAGUUCCGAUUUCGUGGAGUGGAUUCACAGUGAAGGUCUUAUUGACAUGGGCUAUAGCGGAGCCCGACUGACAUGGAUGCGGGGGUCGGAGAAUGGGCUAGCUAAAGGGGCGAGGCUCGACAGGGCCUUAUGUAGUGUGGACUGGAGGCAGCGCUUCCCGGAAGCUUCAGCCAUUCGGCGGUCGUGGAACUCCGGCACCGAUUGGCAAUCCAACAUCCAAAGGGCCCAAGAUGGGUUAACGUCGUGGAGCAGGGAGGCUUUUGGCAGUGUUGAGGGCCGAAAAAAGAUUCUUUUGGCUAGGAUAGGGGGCAUUCAGAGACAACAAGAUUUCUCCUAUCACAACGGGCUCCGGCAGUUGGAAAAGAAGCUAAGACAGGAACUAGACGAGGUGCUCUACCAAGAGGAGCUUAUGUGGUUCCAACGGUCUAGAGAGGAGUGGAUUGUGUCGGGAGACAGGAACACAAGAUACUACCACACAGCAACAAUGGUUCGAAAGGCGAGAAACAAAGUGCUUAGUUUAAAGGACGACAACGGCAACUGGAUCACUGAGGAUAUACUUUUGGGGCGGCACGUCCAAGAUUUUUACGCACAUCUCUUUCGAGUGGAGGGCGAGGGGGACAUGAUGGCGGCGAUCCGUGGCCGGUUUCCUAGGCUAGAGCAGAGGGACUGGCGGAUUUUCAAUAGAAGUGUGACCAAGGAAGAAGUUCGUAAAGCUGUCUUCGACAUGAGCCCCUGGAAGGCGCCGGGCCCCGAUGGCCUACAGGCAGCAUUCUAUCAGCAUGCGUGGGACGUUGUGGGGGACUCUACAUUUGAACUAGUCAGGGAUGCGUUCACGACAGGGAGAAUUCCGGAGGGGGUAAAUGAUAUUCUGCUAGUCCUGAUUCCGAAGGUCGCGACACCGGAAACCGUGAAAUAG